AUGUCCAACCCUAUGAACACCGAACCCGAUUCCGAGCAGGUAAGCCAGGGUAGCAGCUCCUGGUUUACCAAGAAAAUUAGCAGAAAAAUGUCUUUGGGCCACUCUAAAGAAUCAUCGUCCAAAGAAACUACUGGUCAAAGUGGUAUUGAGCAGCAAGCUAGGGACAAGGGAGAGGAGAUCAAGAGCGAUCUUACCUCUGGGGAUACCGGCGGUCUGAAAGACUUGACUGGAAAGGGAGAAAACAUUAAGAAUACCGCUAUCAAGGAAGACGCAAGUGGAGCCAUGGAAGAAACUGGCUUGGACAGAGAAAAUAUCGACAAGAAGAGUUUUGACGAGGUUGGCCAUCGACUCUUUGGCAGCCGAGGAUUUGGCCCGAAUCGCGAUAUCAAAAAGGGUCCUAUCACGGAGGGAUUUGAAGGAACGGACCAGAGAGAUACGGGACAAGAUCUUAUCGGGGCCACCGCAUCUGGAUCCGGAGCAGGAACAACAGAAGCUACUGGUUCUGGUUCUGGUUCUGGAUAUGGAGCAGGAACAGCAGGAGCAGCAGGAGCCGCAAAAACAGCAGGAGCAAGCACCGGAGCUGGCCUGCUUGGAGCUACUAUCGCAACUGGAUCGCCCAUGUACAAAUCCAAGUCUGAUACUGGAGCAACGGCUGCUGGUUCCAGCAAUGCAGGCUUGCGCAAAGGCUUGAUCGAAAAGCCCAGUGUGGCUGGCGGAACUUUCACCGACAAUUCGAUGAACCAGGAGCUCUACAGCCAAGCACAUAUUAGUUCAGACGUUUUUGGCGAUAAGAACGGCCUACAAAACACCUCUUCAGGUGGCCAUGUCUUUACUUCCCCGGGAAUUGAACAAAAGCUUGCCGAGAGGAGGAGACUCAGCACGGAAGGCCGACACCAUGAGAAGCACAAAUCCAUGCGAGAGGGAGGAGGAAUCAGUCAAGGUGCAAUUGGUGGUGCGGCCCUCGGUGGUGCUGCUAUCGGUGGCGCCAGUGGCAUGGGCAGAGGUGGCAUCAGUCAACAAGCAAGUGCAGCCGGGCAGUCAAACAAAGGAAAGUCGACAACUCAGGCUCGCAUGAUAGGUAUUGCUGGCGGAGGCCUUUUGCAAGACAUUGGUCCAGGCGCUUCUCGCAAACGAGGACUCUCUCAGGGUGGCAUGGGCCAAGGCCCCGUGACCCGUGGCAAGACCACUACCACCACGACGACCAGGUCGGCUGCACAGAGCAGCACGGUUGCAGGAGGAUCGCGCACAAUCAUGAGCUUAGGCUCCAGCCACAAGGUGACUGUGCUCCAAGAGAAGGUUCAAGCCGUUUCGCAGAAAUGCAAGACUCAACUGGGCGGCUCUGCCAGCGAGAUCAGUCUGCGCAGCCCGACCGUGGAUUCUUUCUUCGACUCGGUGGCUAGAGAACGUCUCCGCUGGAUGCCUCGUGAUGGAAGUAGACUUGACUGCUGCCUUCGAUGGGCCUCGCGGCUGGCAUACGCAGUCGACAAUCUACGGGAGUCGAUCGGUGCUUUCGCUCCUGGAGCAAAUGAAGCCGCGAAGCUUAUUUGGGGUUUCGAAACCAUGCUCCUGGAGUCUGAUAUCGACAACACGGACAUAUUCGAGAGUGUGUUUGGCAGAUACGGUCGUGUUGCCGUGGGCAUUCGUCUACUGCUUCAGUACGAGAGUGUCUACAAGCCAUCUCCGCAGCUCCAGCCCGAAGCCGCUGCCGUCUUUGCCGAUCUCCUGGAGAUGGUCUGUAGUACCACAAUCAGUUGCGUCGAAGGAUUCAAAGCCAAGGAAACCGACACCGUCAUCAGCCACAAUGUUGAUGCGGCUUUUGUUACCUACGCUACCCGCUUCUCGACCCACUGGAAUGCCAUCGUCGAGUCUGCAACCUCCGAUACAGUGAUGCAGAGCACGUUGAUUUAUGCAAGUGAAGAACUUGGCAGUCUUCGCCAGUUCCUCGGUGUGCAGGAUCGUCCUCUGCAGUUCAUUCUCGACUCUCGUAGUCAUACUUUGGCUGAGGGAUCUUUCGAGUGGUUUAACAACACCCUGUAUGACUUCACCGUGGGCAAGCCACCCGUCUUGUUGGUCACCGGUGGAUCUGGCUCUGGAAAGAGUGCGAUGGCACAGUGGACUGUCGACCGAAUGCAGGAAUCCUCGGAGCAUGAAGGCUGGAAUGUGAUUCCUUACACCAUCCGCGCCGACAUCCCCGUUGCAACGCUGCCGUUGCGGAUUCUGAAAGGUAUCUUGCACCAGAUGCUGGAUCACUGUGUCAUUGAAAAGAGUAUCCAAGAGGACAUUCUUUUCUAUGUGGCAAAGGCAGCUCAAAGCGCUCUCGAUGGUGCCGGGGAAGCGGAAGUCGAGGACAGUCUUUGGAAGGGCAUUCGCACUGGACUCGAGUCUGAUAUUCAGUACAUGUUCGUGGUCGACGGCCUUGACCAGAUCAAGGGCGGUGACCCGGAUGCCACUGAGUUCAUGGACAAGUUCAGCGACGUUUUGGCUCAGCAGAACGAGGGCUCGAAGAUGAUCGUCUUCACUCGACCCCUCAAAUCGACGAUGAGCUCCCGUAGCAUCCAGCAUUUCACUAUGCAGCCAUCCCAGACCAUGACUGAUCUGGAAGCCUAUGUCCACAAGAAGCUUGCACCCGGAUUUGAGUCCGACACGGCAAUGAGCAAUGGUCAGCUCGAUACCGCUGUAUCCACUAUCGUCAAGAGAUCUCAGGGCUCUUUUAGCUGGGCUGAGAUGGCUGUUGAGUAUGCUCGACAGCAGAGAACUCCAGGCCAGGCUAUUCAAUCUGUGCAGGGACUGCCUCAGUCUAUGCCAGAGCUGCUCGACUUCCAUAUGAAGCAUCUGGAUCUCAGCCAAAAUGAGGCGAAAUGCGUCAUGUCAUGGCUUGCCGCCGCCGAGCGACCCUUGCUGGUUGAAGAAGUUGAACAGCUUUUGGCUGUUGACGCGAAGACAACAACGUUCGCAUCACGCUUCUCUCGCGAGGAUAGUGGAUGGAGAAAAUCUUUAAGUCCUAUCGUUAUGACUCGUGACGGUGUCGUUUCUUUCGCCCACACCUGCAUUCGCGAUCACAUCCUCAAUCAAGCUAGGUCGGCUAGUGCCAAAGCACCGUUGAACCUAAAGGAGGCCCACUACGACCUCCUUACGAGAUGUCUCGCAUGGGUGCAGCUCAGUGUUCGAGAGGAGACUGACGUCUCCAUGGACAAGCUGAGCAUGGAAGAGCGCAAUCGCCUCUUCGACAGAUAUGUCAUCUUGGAGUACACUGCUCGAUACUGGCUUUCGCACCUCCUCUCUUCCCAAUUGGUAACCGAUGAGGGCGAAUUCUCAUUCAACGCGAACUUCAGAAAGCUAGUCCCUGUGACUGUUCUUUUUGCUCGUCUUGAAUUGACCUGUCGCGAGUCGCAGUUCACUCGAUCCAGUGUGGUUGAACUGUAUCGACUGGCGACAGACAUUCGCCGAUUGGUCCUAGGUGAAAAAUCAAAGGCACUGCUUCAAAGCUUGCUACUCAGCGCUCGUGUCUCCAAGUACGCGCAUGCUAGUCACGCUGAUGAGCACUGCUACGAGGCUUGGAAGCUCAGUCAAGAGCUGCUUGGCCAGUCCGCCACUAUCACCUUGACAUGUGCCGAGAUGAUGACAGAGUCAUUCACUGAGCGAGGCACCAUGACUUCCCAACAAGAGGACAUCAUGAAGUAUUUGAUUUUGACCGAUUCAGAGAUUACCGGCGUCGAAUUCAGUCACCGUCUCAAGUACCUUGGAAUAAUUGUGGAAAUGUACAAGUACCGAUCCGAGCAAGUUUCUGCCCACACUAUCUCCAAGCAAUUCUACCAGCAGGUUCUCACGAAGUACGGUACCAACUCGAGUCAGUCUUCGGAGACUGCAGAUUUCCUGACCAGCGAGUUCUCUGAGACCGGAAGUGAUGAAAUGAGCCGCGACAUUGCACGAACCAAAUACGAUAACGUGGUUCGUACAAUGGAAAUUACUGAUGAGCGUCGCAUCAAGUACACCUUGUACAUGGCCCAGUUGUACGAGCAACAGGGUGAAAAGGCCCAAGCCCAGGGCAUGCUGUCUAGUCUGUGGGCUGGUCUUAACUCCCGGGACAUUGACUCUGUUGAUAUGAUGGACAAGAAGGCCAACGUUGCUCUCGUUUAUUACCAAUUCCUGCGCCGCCAGGGCAGAAGCGACGAGGCCGAGGUCAUAAUCCGCGAACUUGUCGCAGAUCUCGAGGUUACUGGCAUCCACUCUCAGGAAAUGAUGCAGCGCGUGCAGCUGCUUCGCGCCGAGACUCGCGAAAUGCACAUGUACAGCCUGGAUCGCUCUUUGUCCAUCCUGACGUGGCGCUACUACAAGGAGAUGAAUAUGGAAUACACGGCCGAAGCCACAGCUCUGGCUCUAUCUCUUGCUGAGAGUAUGGCUAACACCGUUUCUAUUGAGGACAGCAAUUCUCUUUCUGGAAGAGACCGCAGACUGAUGGUUGAGCUUUUGGAUUCCAUCACCUCGUCGUCGAGCAACCUCUCCGUGUCAACAUUGAUCCUUUGCCACAAUCUGGCUAGCAUUUAUGUCCGCGAAGAGGACUGGAUCGAAGCCAGCGACUGCUCCAAGGCUGUUUUGCAACACGUCUGGCCUACGGUUGAGCAAGCUGGUUCCCACAAGAUGUUCUCGACGGAGCUUGCUCCUCCGAUCGCAGAUCUUGCUCUCAUUCUUGCAUACUGCCACAUUCGCAGACUGCAUCUGGAACAGGCUACUAUCGUGUACGAGAAUGCAUUUGGAUCGCUCGUGGCAUCUGACAGGGUUCCCGUACCUUCGGUGCUCGCUGUUGCCAAGGCCGUUGUUGAAUUCUACGAGACCACCUUCCAGUUCACAAGAGCUUUGACUCUUCUGCAUUCGGUCAGCAAUUUCUUGACUGGCAGACUAGGCGAGACUCACAAGCAUACGAUCGAGAACUUCUAUCUCGAGGCUGCGCUCGCCAACCGUCUUGAGAUGACGCAUGAGGCCAAGAGCACUUACCAGCGCAUCUACAGCUGCACCACAACCGACGGCAAGGUUUCUCCCGAGGGAUUUGAAGCUGCCAUUGCACUUGUGUCCCUUUACGAGAAGGAGCUGCAGUGGGAUGCUGCCCUCGACGUUUACCGCCACAUGUGGCCUACCGUCGUUAUUGAAGAUAGCAUGAACACCUACGACCGCCUCAGGGUCGAAAAGAUGCUCGAAAAGACUUACAUCGGCUACAUGUCGAUUCUGACCACCCGCAUCAAGACCAGUAACUUCUCGGAGCAAUACAAGGUUGCCUCGGAAUACGUGACAACCUGCAGCAAUGUCUACGGUCCCACGCACCAGAAGACCCUGAGCGCGACUCUUCUCUUGGCCGAGCUGUGCGAGACUAACGAGCAGUAUAUCGAUCAGGCCAUUUCGCUCUAUAAGAAGCCGUUCCAGACUACCGAGUGGGUUCCAACUUCGCAGUCGUCGAAGGGUCUGGAUCAAAUGACCGCACCACUGCCCAUCACUCUCAAGCACAAGCUCGCUCAGCUCUUCGUCCGCAAGCGCGAUUCCACCAUGGAAGCCCGCUCCCUCUACACAGAGGAAUUCCAGCUGGCGAAGAAGACACAGGGCUCCUUCUCCACCACGACUCUCUCGUGGCUCCGCGAACUUGCCCUCGCUCAUUCCCGCCAGGGAACGCACACUUCGGUCCAGCAAGGCUGCGCUAUCCUUCACACUUACGUCACUGACGUCCUCCACGCAGGUGGUGAAUCGAGCAUGACAAAGGAAUGGGCUCGCAAGAUCGCUGCAAUCUACCUCGAGUGUGGCUUCAUCGAAGGUGGUAACAGCAUGCUUGAUGAGCUUCGCCAGCGUGUGAUCUACGGCUCCGACACCUCGGUCAUGACGCUCGGAGAACGGCGGGAUGCUGUCUUCGUCGCUGCCUUUGAGGAAGCCUUCGGUCGCCGCGCAAGCUACGACCAGAUCAUGAGCGAGAUGGCUCGCGAGAUGCAGACACAGCAGUCCUUUACGAAGAAUCUGUCAGGUCAUGACUUCAUCCCGACGCUUAUCUCUGGUGACCGACUCGCGACCCUACAGACGGAGCAGAAGCGCACUCGUGUUUCGAAAGAGACGCGCACCAGGACCUACGAAUACUUCUGCACUACGCUGUCUGCGACUAAGGUUGCCGACCGCAAAAUUGUGCAGCAGUUCUACAGUAUCUGCUUGCGCGAGGUGCGGACCGAGAACUACAACACCAAUAUUCUGAACACGACGACCAGUCUCGUGCGCGACCUUUGCAACGGGAGCAAGUUCACCGAUGCAAGUGACGUGACAGGUGUCCUGCACUCGUUCCUGCAUCUCACGGACGGGUUGAACAACUACGAUAGCAUCAUCACUGCUACGAAGCUAUGCUUGUAUCUCAGCGGACACCAGGCCACCCGCUGCCAAAACGAGAAGAUCUCCAACGAGAUGUCCAUGAAGUCCAAGCUGCUUCUCCAGGAACUCCUGGCUUCCUCCAAGAGCCUCGGCAUCGAGAUAGUCGAUCUCCCCUUCCACGAGCUCAACGACAUCAUCACUCUGCUGGGCGAACACGAGAUGUUCGACGACCUCGAAGCAAUCCUGACCCAACUCUGGACCUCCCGGAUCGUCCAACGAACAUGGACCCCAGACGUGGUUGUCUGGAUUGGCCGCCGCCUCGUCGAAACACGUUUCUGUCGCGGCGCAAUCGAGUCCUCGAUCCAGCUAUGUCGCGAUAUCUGCUACAAUCUCCGCCAGGUAUGGGGAAGUUACGACAACGUCACGUUGGAAAUGACGAAGUUGCUCUCCGGCCUCUUCACUGCAUCGGGCGAUCAUGCAUCUGCGGCUACGCUGCACGAAGGUGUGCUCCAUGAUCUACUGAAUGACUCCGACGCCAAGUCGGAUCCGGAGGCAGCGGACGCGGCGUCGCAGCAUAUCGAGUUGAUGCGUCGGGCCCAGAGCCGUCUUGGUAGUAGCUCAAAUGUUGCGAGAUCCUCCGCGCAUGCGGAUCUAGUUGAGCAGGUCACAGAGCAGUUCGGUUUGUCUGGCAAGAUGACGGGUGCUGGGGCGGCGCACGGGGAUUCAUUUGGUGUUUGGUCUAGACCAAGACGGUUCAGUAUUGAUAUCGAGGACUUGGAUGACCAGGGACAGAUGCACCAUAAUCAUCUAAGGGAAUCGAGCGGAGCUGGUAUUAUGAGUGGUUCUGGAGCGAGAAGAAUCUCGGUGCAGGCACUAUAA